AUGUUUUUAAAGCCGUAUCAACUUGGAAAUAAAUCGAAACAAAUAUACGAUGUAUUCAAGCGAAAUUAUAAUUUAAAAAAAUUGACUAUACAAAUGGAAAAGAAUCCACAUAUGAAAAAGAUUAUGGAAGAACAAUUACAGAAACGGCAAUCUCAAGGAGUGUUGAAAAAAUUAAUUGAUAAACGUUCAAGUGAUUACAAGGAAUAUUUUCCUCGUUCCUCUGAUCCUUCGGUAAUCAAACGAUUGAAACAUGUAUCCUACGAUCAUAUUGGUCAAAAGCGUGCAGUACAUUUAAGUAAAAUAUUACGAUCUUUUGUUGCUGAUCGUAUUGGUUCCGGAGAAAUUGGUGAUAUAUUAGCUGGAAAAAAUUUUCAAAUAACAAAUAUCAUUGUUCCAGUUGAUUUAAAUCGUAUUGAAAUACUAUGGUGGUCACCUGACGACGAAACAAAGAUCAUUGAAGAUCUAUUAACAACAGCCGGUGAAGACUUGAAAACGGCUAUUCGUCAUGCACAAUUGUUACCUAGUCUACCACCAAUUGUGUUUAAACGAGAUAAUUUCCGUCUUGAACAUGAUCAAAUUAAUCAUCUACUUGACAUAGUGGACACAGGAACAUCGGAUAACGUUUCAAUUAGUACGAAUGUACCAGAACGUAAUGAUCUAUAUGAUAGUGACCGUACAGUUAUCCUACGAAAACUAUCUGGUCCAACCUCUAUUGAUGAAGACGAUAAUAAAAAUAAUGGUACACUUACCGAUAUCAAUAAACUAUCGCCUGAACAACUACAACGACGCAUGAAAGCAUUUGCAUUAACAAAACGAAUGAAACGCAUGCAAGAACAACGAAGUGCUAUAUAUGGUAUCAUGGCUAUUGAAGAAGAACGACAAAAUGACGAACAUUUCUCAUUGAAUCAAACUACAGAUGGUGAUCAUGAACAACAAGAAAACGAGCAAAAAUCAUCAUAG